GGGUUGGACUCUAUCUUGAAGGCCUUUUCCAGCCUAAAUGGGUCUGUGAGUCUACAGAGGCCUGCUUAGAUCAUCUGGAGUAUUUACACAUAAGGUUGUCCUGUCAGUGCUUUAUGGCUGGACUUUGUCACAGAACACUUGGUAUAUAGGUUCCAAAAAGUCAUUUAAGUGCUUUGAGUGUAAUUUGCCUGCCAGUAUGAUAGGUGUCUUACUCACCUGCCCAAGAGGGUUGUAAAUUUCCUCGCUAUGGUUAAAGCUUCACAAGAUUAACUGUGAAGGCUCUUCCUUAUAAUGUGUUUGCAUACUCAUACCACGAGAAGCUUAUUGAUUUUUAAAUACCUGUUUGACUAAGUUUCUGUUAAUGUUUUCAUUCGCUGACAAAUACACUGUCAGAAGUUGCAGGCUGUUGUUUUUGAGGAUAGUUUCACCUUAUUGAUUUGGUUUAAUUUAUUUACUUGCUUUCCUCUCAGUACUGCUUUGCUAUACAUAGCAACAGCAGUUUUCCAACAGAGAGAGUAGAACUUAAAUGACAUGGGAGAUCAGUAGCAUCUUGACAACUGCAGAGGUUACUCAACCUGGUAGUACAAGCCCUCACGAGAUGGCGGGAAAAGCGAAAGAGGUGGUGGAAAGCUGGUCUUUCUUGGAUACUGCUGAGUCUAACUUCAGGCCCCUGGUAGUAAUUGAACUUGCAAAAGGCACCAAAGAAGAAACCAUAGAAUGGUUCACUAAACGAAUUGUGGACAAAAAGGCAAAUGGAGGUGCACAACUACUGAUUAAACCACUGGUUACGGAAAAUGGAGUUGAAAAUAUUUAUCUAGUCGGAGCUUCCCACUUAAGGCUGUUGCUGGGAGCUGAAACUGUAGGUUUGGUGAAGGAAUGCAAUGAUAACUCAAUGAGAACUUUUACAUACAGCAGUAGAAAAACUUUCAAACAUUUUGCAGAUGACAAUCACAAUUUCCUUACAAUGGCAGAAUGUCAGUACAUCAUCAAACAUGAACUUGAAAAUUUGAGAGCCAAAGAUGAAAAAAUGAUCCCUGGAUAUCCUCAGGCAAAGCUGUACCCAGGAAAAUCAAUUGUGAGAAGAUUAUUGACCAGUGGUAUUCUUGUUCAAAUUUUCCCUCUGCAUGACAGAGAAGAGUUGAAAAAGCUUUGUCACAGCUGGUAUGGGCGAGUGAAAAUUGGUUAUCAACCUUUAGAUGACAUACGCUGCUACUUUGGCGAAACCAUUGCUCUCUACUUUGGCUUCUUAGAAUACUUUACAUUUGCUUUGGUUCCAAUGGCUGUCAUUGGGAUUCCUUAUUACGUGUUUGCAUGGGAAGACUACGACAAAUACGUGAUGUUUGCCACAUUCAAUCUGCUGUGGUCCACUGUGAUUCUGGAGGUCUGGAAGCGGCUCUGCGCCGUCCUGACGUACCGCUGGGGCACGCUGCUGAUGAAACGACAGUUUGAAGAGCCAAGACCAGGCUUCCACGGCGUGCUGGGGAUCAAUCCUGUCACUGGGAGGGAGGAGCCAGUGUACUCAAGUAUUAAGAGACAGUUACGGAUUUACCUGGUGUCCUUACCAUUUGUGUGCCUUUGCCUCUACUUCUCACUGUACGUGAUGAUGAUUUACUUUGACUUGGAGCAGUGGGCUCUGGAUUAUCACAAAGAGAACGAGUCUAACUUCAGCAGCUUGAUGCUGUACGUGCCCAGUAUCAUCUAUGCCGUUGUGAUUGAAGUUAUGAACCGCAUCUAUCGGUAUGCUGCUGAAUUCUUAACAUCAUGGGAAAAUCACAGGCUGGAAUCUUCAUAUCAGAAUCAUUUAAUUCUGAAGGUUUUAGUGUUCAACUUCUUAAAUUGUUUUGCAUCUCUCUUCUACAUUGCCUUUGUGCUGUUUGAUAUGAAGCUUUUGAGGCAGAGCUUGGCCACUUUGCUGAUAACUUCGCAGAUCCUCAACCAAUUUGCAGAAUCCUUGCUUCCUUACUGGCUCCAGAAGAGAUACAACAGGAGGAUGAAGAAACACACGUCCUCCAAGGGAGCUGAUAUGGACCUGUCAUUAGCUGAACAGGUCAACAUGGAGAAAGAAAUGGGAACCUAUUUGGGUACUUUUGAUGAUUACCUGGAGUUGUUCCUACAGUUUGGCUAUGUGAGUCUUUUCUCAUGUGUUUAUCCACUGGCAGCUCUUUUUGCAGUGUUAAACAACAUCACAGAGAUAUACUCUGAUGCCUUAAAGAUGUGCAGAGUUUACAAGCGUCCAUUUGCAGAACCCACAGCAAAUAUUGGUGUUUGGCAGUUGGCCUUUGAAAGUAUGAGUGUAAUAUCAGUUGUUACUAAUUGUAUACUGAUUGGAAUGUCUCCAGAAGUGGAUGCCCUUUUCCCAGACUCAAAAGUGGACCUUGUUCUGACUGUGGCAUUGGUGGAGCACUUGCUACUAGCAAUAAAGUUUAUUAUGGCAUUUGUAAUUCCUGAUAAACCAAGAGAUAUCCAGAUGAAACUCGCCAAAUUGGAAUUUGAAUCUUUAGAGGCUCUCAAACAACAGCAAAUGCAGCUGGCGGCGGAGUCGCUGAAGGAGUAAACACGGAGGAAUGAGGAUGACUAAGGCGGUCACAAGCGAGGCGGAGCCAGCGUUUGCGGUCAUGGGUGGCGCUCGGGGUGCACCCUCCACCAUCGACUGAGUAGGUGGCACCUGCUUACAUGAAACUUGGUAAAUCAUCUUUGCCUGACACUGUAAAAACUGUAUUUUCCCCUGCUGUCUUUGUUUCUCGUACGCAAUUGCUUGUGAAGGUAACACCAAAUAAAGCACUCCAGCUUAUGCCAGGUCUGGAUAAAAUCUGCCAGACUCCCUGUGCUUUGAGUGAUUGAAAACAGAUCCUGUGAGGAAGCAUCCAGAAGCUCACUAGAAUUUUCAGCUGCAACUUUCUAAAGGGGAAAAAAAAGCAGACUAUUAUUUAAUUUACUCUCCCUUUAUGGUUCUUGCCCCUUUUGUUCCUUCAUUACAAUAGUUAAUCAAUCCUCUAUUAUUUCAAUAUUUGCUUAUUAGCUACUGCUUGUCCACAGCAAAUUAAUUUAAGUAUGUUAUACAUUUCAUAGGGAACAACAAUGUAUUUCAUAAUGUGAUCUGAGAAAUGGUUGAACAUAAAUGUUUAUAGAGUAUGUAUUAUAUACUCCUGUUUGCUAGGUCUCUAAAUAGGUCCUAGCUAAAAUCUUUCAAAAGCUAGGUAAAAAACAAAAAUAGUAGGGAACAGAUUGCUGAAGCAUAUUUAUUUUCUAACUUAUAUUGGAUUUUGGUAUCACUCCCCUGGAUUGUGAACUGCAGUAUUGUAUGAAUGGAUGUUCUGGUUAAAUGAACUAACAGUAAAUACUUCAAUUAAAGUUGAUACUUGAUACACCA